AGGCCAGCACGGAUGCCAUCAACCUCAAGAUUCCUGAAUCCAUAUGUGGUGUGUUUUACUGUUGUGGCGGGGGUGGUAAUCUUGGCGGUAACCACAGCUCUACUCAUCUACUUUUUAGCUUUUGAUCAAAAGUCAUACUUUUACCAUAGCAGCUUUCAAAUCCUAAAUGUCAAAUAUAGCAAUCAGUUAAACUCACCAGGUACACAGGAAUAUAGGACUUUGAGUGGAAGAAUUGAAUCUAUGAUCACUAAAACGUUCAAAGAAUCAAAUUUAAGAAAUCAGUUCAUCAGAGCUCAUGUUGUCAAACUGAGGCAAGAAGGUAAUGGUGUGACAGUAGAUGUUGUCAUGAAAUUUAAAUUCACUAGAAAUAACAAUGGAGCAUCAAUGAGAAGCAGAAUUGAGUCUGUUUUACACCAAAUGCUGAAUAACUCUGGAAACUUGGAAAUAGACCCUUCAACUGAGAUAACAUGCUGUGGGGCCCAUCCAGACCUAAUAACUUUGUCUGAGGAGAGGAUCCUUGGAGGCACUAAGGCUGAAGAAGGGGACUGGCCGUGGCAAGUCAGUCUACAGACGGGUAAUGUUCACCACUGUGGAGGCAUCCUGAUCAGUAGCAUGUGGAUCCUGACAGCAGCUCACUGCUUCAGAAGCCAAUCUAAUCCUCGUCAAUGGACUGCCAACUUUGGUGUUUCAAUAACAUUUCCUAAACAGAGAAGAGGAGUACGGACUAUUUUAAUCCAUAACAAUUAUAACCCUGCAACUCAUGAAAAUGAUAUUGCAGCUAUACAACUUGAUGGAGGCGUAAACUUUACCAAAAAUAUCCAUAGGGUGUGUCUCCCAGAGGCUACCCAGAAUAUUCCACCUGGUUCUUCUGCUUACGUAACAGGAUGGGGAUCUCAAGAAUUUGGUGGUAACACAGUUUCAGAUCUACAGCAAGCACGGGUCAGAAUAAUAAGUAAUGAUGUAUGUAAUGCACCAACUAGUUAUAAUGGAGCUGUAUUGCCUGGAAUGCUAUGUGCCGGUCUACCUCAAGGUGGAGUGGAUGCAUGCCGGGGUGACUCUGGUGGCCCACUAGUUCAACAGGACUCACGGCGGCUUUGGUUCCUCGUGGGCAUAGUAAGCUGGGGAGAUCAAUGUGGUCUGCCAGAUAAGCCAGGAGUGUACACUCGAGUGACAGCCUACCGUGACUGGAUAACCAAAAAAACUGGUGUCUAG